AUGCCCCGUGUAUACAGAAGCAUUGCCGCGGUCCAGCACACCACACCACCAUCCGUGCGACCCUCCCCACAUAUCUACGCCUUUCACAAACAGCUCCCGGGAUAUACGCCAACACCUCUUGUCUCGCUUCCCUCCGUUGCGCGCGAGCUCGGUAUCGCCCACGUUCUGCUCAAGGACGAAUCUUCCCGCUUCGGUUUGCCGGCAUUCAAGAUUCUAGGAGCAUCGUGGGCCACUUGUCGAGCUGUUGCGCGUCAUCUAGGACUACCAUGGGAGCAAGAUGCCGUCCCUUCGCUGGACGAGCUGUCAGCAAUAGUGCGAAGCAAGGGCGUCAGUCUCACGCUCUUCGCCGCGACAGAAGGGAACCACGGGCGUGCAGUCGCUCGCGUCGCUCAGCUACUUGGGAUCAAAUGUGCGAUAUAUGUUCCGCGCGACAUGCCCCAUGCCACAAGAGCCUCCAUUGCGUCGGAAGGCGCUCACGUCGUCGAAGCUAGCGGAGACUACGAUCUCGCAGUUCGCCAAUCUCAUACCGCGGCGAAUGCCUGCGACGGCGGUCUGCUCAUCCAAGACACAGCGUUCGACAAUUACGAAGAGAUCUGUCAGUGGAUCGUCGAUGGCUAUUCGACUCUUCUUCGUGAAGUCGACGACCAAGUCGCCGAAGUGACUGGCAGACGCACUCCAGACAUCGUCAUCACACCCAUCGGCGUGGGCUCCCUCGGACAAGCGGUAACGACCCAUUACAAGCAGCCUGACCGCGAGGCGCGAACCAGAGUCGUUACCGUCGAGCCGGACACGGCAUCGUGCCUUAGGAGGAACCUCCUCGAUCGCCAACAAGCUGAUACGCCAGAGACGAUCCUCAGAAGCCAUACCAUUAUGGCUGGCUUAGACUGCGGCACCGUUUCUACAGUCGCAUGGCCGAUUCUCCGAGAUGGCGUCGACGUGGCGCUGUCCGUAGCCGACAUUGAAGCGCAUCGGGAGGUCGAGAACCUGCGCGCAGAGCAUGUCGAGAUAGGCCCGUGCGGUGCCGCCCCUCUCGCAGCGCUCCGCCGGCUCGCCGCUGAGACCGGCUCGGAUCUGCUCAAACCGGACAGCAUCGUAGUUCUCCUCGCCACCGAAGGCGCGCGGGACUAUCACACGCCCCUCGACACUACGACGACCGACCCUGUGACGCUGACACAGAUCCUCACCCAAAUCGAUUCAUCCAACCCCGACCUCAGCGAAGGCGCGGGCGCGGGCGAGACCGGAAUCGCCGACUUUCUCUGCGGCUGGCUGGCGCAUCACGACUUCGAGGUGCACCGCCUCGAAGGCACGCCUGGGCGCCCGACGGUGGUGGGCGUCGCGCGGGGUAGGGGCGGAGGCCGCUCCUUGAUCCUGAACGGACAUGUCGACACGGUCACGCUUGCCGGAUACGCCGGGGACCCUCUGAGCGGUGGAAUCAGGGAUGGCGCUGUCCAUGGGCGCGGUACGUUCGAUAUGAAAGCCGGAAUCGCCGCGUCUCUGGUGGCUGCCCUUCGAGCGCGCGAAACACAGACAUUGCGAGGGGACAUCAUCCUAGCAUUGGUCGCGGACGAGGAGAAUUUGAGCAUCGGGACAAUCGAGCUUCUGGCUGCGGGUUGGCGAGCAGAUGCUGCCGUGGUGAGCGAACCGACCGAACACGGCCUCAUGCUCUCGCACAAAGGCUUCGUGUGGGCCGAUGUGGACAUCCUCGGGAAAGCCGGACACGGCUCUCGUCCGGACUUGUGCGUCGACGCGAUCGUGAAAGCGGGCCACUUCCUCGUCGCCCUCGAGAAGUAUGGCCAGGAUCUGAUCGCUGGCCGAGUGCAAGGCUCAGCGGUGCAUCCGAAGGUCGGGACCGGCACAGUGCAUGCCGGCAUUAUCAAAGGCGGCGAAGAGCUCACCUCAUACCCUGCUCUCUGUACGGUUUCGGUCGAGCGGAGGACAGUCCCGGGCGAGACGCCUGAGGUCGUCGAGAGGCAACUUCGUGCGAUCCUCGACCAUCUAGUCGAAACCGUGCCGGAUUUCCGUUACUCCCUGCGCAUGGGCGAAUCCCGGGCGCCAUACGAGAUUGACGAGGGCCAUCCGUUCGUCCGGUUGUUUGAGCGUCACGCACAACAGAUCCUCGGCCACAAACCUACAGUUCUAGCAGGAACGUAUUGGACGGACAGCGCUCUCCUUGCAGAAAAGGGGAUUCCUACUAUUCUGUUCGGUGUGCAAGGAGAGGGGGCCCACGCUGCCCGAGAGUUUGCCUCUGUCCGCAGCGUUGGUCAGGUCACCAACAUUUUGACGGACGUCGCGACUGACUUCUGUAAAUAA